GCGGCCCGGCGGGAGCGGCGGGAAGCGGCGGGGCCUGGCCCGGAAGGGGCGGGCUGGCUGCGGCGGCGGCUGCGGAUUUCAGAAUGACUUCCUUGGCUGACAUGCCCCUGGAUUAUGAGAAGAUGUUUGCUCAUCGAUUCACAGCAGAUGAUGAAGAAUUCCAAGAAUACCUGAAGCGCCCUGCAGAUGCCCCUCCUAUAGUUGAAGAAUGGAGAAACAGAUCUGGUGGCAACCAGAGAAACAGAGAUCGGUUUCAAGAUGGUAGAUACUUUAGAGGGGACAGAUACAACUGGCAAGGUGACUAUAGAUACAAUCAGAGGCCAGAAAGAAGUUGGGGUAAUAACUACCAGCAGCCCAGACAAGGACAAUCCUACUCCCACUAUGGACAAUAUGGCUACAACUCCUACAACCCAGGGCCUCGUUACCAUCCCUACUGAUAACUUGUGGUUUGAAAGUCCAGUAAUGCAAUGUAACAAAUUCAGUUAGACUUCAGUUUUAUUUUUCCACAGUUUUAUAGAUAACUGAAGAAUCAGUGUAACAGUCCGUUGCUGUUUGUCUGUAGUGUGAAUUGAAAAAGGGAAUACCUUUUAUGAAAAAUAGAAACAUAUUAUAUACAGAGUUUGUUUAGAGUCUGUAGAUCUUAGAUUAAAUUUCUAUCCCGUCCUCUUGUCUGAAUACCUACUGGUAUACUGUUUUUCUUUUGUCAUUGAGAUUUCUCUCUUACAUUUUAGAAAACACAACAGGCCAGGGGAAAACAGCUGUGGUUUGUGUGCAGCCUGUAGCAGUGGCACAUUGCCUUAAAAGGGUUAUUUUUGAGAAUGACAUACUGUGUCUUUCUCUAGAGAGAAUUUAUUAUUUUGGCUUUUGAUAGUAAGAAAAGCUCCGUUUGGUUUGAAUUUCAGAUGCCUUAAAGCUGAGAGAUGCUAUUACAGAAAGAUUCUAUGGGGUUAGCACUGUUGACCCAAUGGCUUCAAUCUAUUUGCAGUAUUCCUCUGAAAACAUGGUCUAAAAGUUGAAAUAAAAAUUAAGUAGUUUAAAUAUGUAUCUUCCUAUUGUAGUUGUUCAGUGAUACACAUUUUACCUGAGAAGUGAUACCAGAUUAAAUUGUAUAAUCAUAAAUUUUGUACAUGCAUUAAAAAGUUUUGGAAUUCCCAUUUCAGUAAAGCUGUAAAAUUUUGAUGAGAACUCUAAUUAGUUUGUAUUAUGUACUUUGUGCAUGUUAUAGAAGAAAGGAACCGUAAUCAGUACUGUUCUGUACUCUUCGCAUGAGAAAAUAGCAUAAGCAGUGCAGAGUGUUAUUCAGUUCUUAGAAUGCAAGUUCUGUGUUUUUUUAAGUAUUCACACAAUAAAAGUAUACUUCAUGUGCAA